AUGGGAGAUCAUGGGCCUCGCUUUUCAGGGAUCGAAACUGUUCAUCUUGGGCGAUAUGAGAACCGGAAUCCUUUUCUCCUGGUAGCUCUUCCGAAAAUGAUGCGAAACACCAAAGUACAUAAGGAACUCCGAACCAAAGCCAUGCAGCUUAUGACUCAUUUCGAUCUUCACGCGACAUUGGUUGACUUCUUACAUUACCAACCAAAGGCGAAUUUCUUGGACACAACGAAGCGCAUGAUGCUCCCUCAUAGCAAAGGAUCGUCGUUGCUGCGGAAGUGGGAAGGUCCAAGGAACUGUCAAACGCUUCCGAUUCCAUUCGAAUACUGUAUUUGCCAGUAUGAAAAGAAGAAUGUGACGUGA